GCUGCUGGUUAGGAGACGGCGGCAGUGCUUUAGGCUGAUUCGGGCGUGUCGAUAAUUAGCCUCUGAAUACUUGAUUAGUAUCAGCCUAAGUGUCUUAAAAAUUAACGAAUGUUAUUAAGUUGACGCAUUGACACAUCGACCUGCGGAUUUGAUUUUCCCGAAAGCGAUAUUUUUAUUUUUUUUUUAUAUACAAAAAUAGAAUUAAUAAAUCAUAUGUGAUUUCUCGGUAACAAUGAUGCUUAGGGCAAUUGAACUAUUGUUGUGUCUCUUCGUCGCUGUCUACAUACUGGCCGUAAACACUGUGUUGGUGAGUUAUGGCGUUUGCAAUACACCUUUCGGAUUACCAGGUCAUUGUGUACCGUUGUCGGACUGCCCAAGUCUAUAUAAUCUACUCGCCCAAGCCAAUGAAGACAAUGAUAUCUUUAAUCAUUUGCGUAAUAGCUUCUGCGGAUCUGAUGUUAAUGCCACUUCGGGACCGGAUAGGACACGCGUCUGCUGCCGAGAUAAUCCAAAUGCUGAAAACAAAGAUAAGGAAUCGGGUAAAAUGUUGCCAGCACCAGGCACUUGCGGAAUCACUUUCAAUAUGCGAAUUUUCGGCGGCGUGGAAUCCCAAGUGGAUGAGUUUCCUUGGUCGGCACUGAUAAAGUAUCAGAGACCAUACAAUGCCACAGCACUGAACUGUGCCGGCGUGCUCAUCAACCAACGAUAUGUGCUCAGCGCCGCUCACUGUCUUAGGAAUCCGAGCAUACCGACCACGUGGAAGCUUGACAGCGUACGCCUCGGUGAGUGGGAUACCAGAACAGAUCCAGAUUGUUAUGAAACUGCCGAUGGCAAUAGAAACUGUGCGCCUCCAUUUGUGGAAGUAAAGAUCGAACGUAUUAUCGUUCAUGAGAAGUACAUACCACAUUCUCAAUCGGAAUUAUAUGACAUCGCACUAAUACGCAUGGCGGCCAACGUUAACUAUUCGGAGACCAUAAAACCCAUCUGUCUGCCACUUUCCAGCGAUUUACGGCAAAUGACAUUUGUAAAUGAAUAUGCCGAUGUGGCUGGUUGGGGGCGCACAGAGGUGAGCCCCUACAGUGCUGUCAAAAGGACAAUCUCACUGCUAAUUUGGGAUACAGACGCGUGUGCGCAAAAGUUUCAAACCAUACAAAUUCCAGUGAAUAAGACUCUACAGUUGUGUGCAGGCGGACAGCCGAUGCAGGACACAUGUCAGGGCGAUUCCGGGGCGCCGCUGACGAUGCGUGGCCGUCUGAUGAAUUCACCACACUUUGUGGUGGGUAUUGUAUCGUUCGGUAUGCAGCCUUGUGGUAUGGCUUCUUGGCCAGGCAUUUACACCCGCGUCACCUACUAUGUUGAUUGGAUUUUGAACAAUUUGGAGGAUUAACACUUGUUGGCGCUAUAUGUGAAGACAAGUCGGAGCAUGUGUGUGUGUGUGUAUGUAUGCAUGAGAUGUGUGUGUGUGUGUGUUUUAUAGAUACGCCAAAGGUAGGUGUAAAUCAACAAUUAUGCACUUAAGCACCUCCAUCCCCACAGGCAUUGUUUGCAGCUUCUCGGUACUGCGCUCUCGGUCUGACAGCGUUUUCAUCUUCACGAACCCUUUCCAUAAUAAACACUAUUAUCUCCCAUACAAUAUCCAUUGUUAGAUGGGAAGUGAGCGUAAAAGUUACUACGUCCCUUAAAUAUAUGGGUAGGGGUUUCCCAAUUUUGCCUUUCCUUUUGGAACAGCGAACACAUUCCACCACUACGUGAUCUGCCGUUUCGAAACAGUUUUCGCAGUGCAUGCAGAAAGGAGAUUCAAUAUGCUUGAAUUGAACUGCCGGAGCCACUUUUCAAAAAUUUUUGCCAGUUCUUGUUUAUGUUGGCUAGGUGAUUUGUUAGCCCUGUGGGGAGUCUUCCCGAUAUAACAUUGAUUGCAUCA